CAAUCAUUCUGAAGCUCAACACUCCUUUCUCUUUCUCUUAUCUUUCUAUUCUUUCUCACCCAAACAGCCAUGAAAAUCCACUUCUUCAUCCUUCUUCUACUGUCUUUCAAUGCUACAAUUUUCUCAUCCCGACCACCCUACGACUUCUCCGGUAUCGUCUUCGACACCGGAGGCCUCAGCCGAGCUGCAUUUCCCAAAGGCUUCGUCUUUGGAACUGCAACUUCUGCAUAUCAAGUAGAAGGAAUGGCUGACAAAGAUGGCCGAGGACCAAGCAUUUGGGAUUCCUUUGUUAAACUUCCUGGAAAGAUCGCUCGCAAUGCUACGGGCGAUGUUGCUGUCGAUCAAUAUCACCGAUAUAAGGAAGACAUCGAUAACAUGAAGAGGCUGAACUUCGAUGCUUAUCGAUUCUCAAUUUCUUGGUCGAGGAUAUUUCCAAAUGGAUCGGGAGAAGUAAAUUGGAAAGGAGUUGCGUACUAUAAUAGAUUGAUUGACUACAUGAUUCAACGAGGAAUCACGCCCUACGCAAAUCUUUAUCACUAUGAUCUUCCUUUGGCACUUCAAGAGAGAUAUGGAGGUUUACUAGACAAGCAAAUUGUGACUGAUUUUGCAAAUUAUGGGGAAUUUUGUUUCGAAGAAUUUGGAGACAGAGUAAAGAAUUGGAUGACGUUUAACGAACCAAGAGUUAUAGCUGAUGUUGGUUUCAACAGUGGUAUAAUGCCUCCUUCGAGGUGUUCAAAAGAAUAUGGAAACUGUACAACAGGAAACUCAGGAACUGAACCUUACAUCGUGGCUCACAAUAUCAUUCUUUCCCAUGCUACUGUAGUUGACAGAUACAGAAAGAAAUUUCAAGGGAAACAAGGAGGACGAGUUGGGAUUUUAUUGGAUUUUACGUAUUACGAACCUCUCACGAAAGGAAAAGAAGACAACGAUGCAGCUCAAAGAGCGAGAGAUUUUCACAUUGGAUGGUUCUUGCAUCCUUUUACAUAUGGUGAAUAUCCAAGAACAAUGCAAGAAAUUGUGAAGGAAAGGCUACCAAAAUUCAGCUAUGAAGAGGUUGAAUUGGUGAAAGGGUCAGUGGAUUUUGUGGGUAUCAAUCAAUACACCACGUUCUAUAUGUUCAACCCUACUUGGCCCAAACCAACCACUCAUGGGUAUCAAUCUGAUUGGAAUGUUGGCUAUGCUUAUGAAAAGAAUGGAAAACCUAUUGGUCCGAGGGCUCAUACUGGUUGGUUGUACGAAGUACCAUGGGGAAUGUACAAAGCUUUGAUGUAUGUGAAGCAACACUAUGGGAACCCAAACGUUAUUGUUUCAGAAAAUGGUAUGGAUACUUCUGAUAUCCCACUCCCGAAAGGAUUAAACGAUACAGAGAGAAUACAUUACUACAAGACGUACUUGCAGAACAUGAAGAAAGCUAUAGAUAAUGGAGCUAACGUGACUGGCUACUUCGCUUGGUCGUUGCUCGAUAACUUUGAAUGGCUGUCGGGAUAUACUUCAAGAUUUGGUAUCAUAUAUGUAGAUUACAAAGACAACCUCAAGAGAAUUCCUAAGAUGUCGGCCUAUUGGUUCAAACAAAUGAUUCAAAAGAAGAAACAAGCUUAGUUUCUCGUCUAAAUGAGAAUAAAUGUUUGGUAGGUCAACAACGGUAAGGUUCGAGAUUGAACCAUUGACUUCUAAAAUGAUGUAAUUUUUACUUUAUGCACUAAGUUAUGCUCGUAUCCGUUUGCUUUUGAAAA